AUGUACACCAGCAAGUUCGAUCCGCCGUCAUUCGGCCCAUCCAACCUGAAAUACGAGAAGCUGAUUACGGCGAACCUAAAACACAUCCGCGCCGAGAUUCUGUACACUGAGCACAAUGUCGGGGAUCUGUCUAACCGUUUCGCGUCCCAGCGGCUAGUUACCACCAUCCAGAACAAACUUGACAACGUGUUCUCCUUAAUAAGCGUUACCGAGGGCUAUUUGGAUGAAUGGCGGUCGGAGAUUGCGCGCUCGCCCGGCCUUCUAGAUGCCAGCAGUUCUUAUGAACGGCUAAAAGGCCAGUUCAGCCGAGAGGUGGCUCGAGCAAGAAGCCUCUCCGACUUGGUGAAGAAACGUCCGCACAUUCCUACAUCGGAAUCAUUAGAUGAGGCAUCUACAGUUGACAGUUCCCCUGGCGCCUCUCAGGUGGAUUACAAUUUCAUCAAUUCGGCCAUGAUCGAUGCCUCCCCCGAACUGCAACCGAUUCAGCACUUCGACUUGGUCGAAUUCGACCGCGAACAGGAUCAGUUAACUGACUCGCUAAUAGAAGCCCGGAGCCAAGGGAUCAGCAACAUUAGAACGCAGAUUGAACAGGCCCGGGGCAUUUUCAACGAUAUCGCAACCAUCGUAGCUGUGCAGGACGGCGGUCUACAACAGCUUGAAGUCAACCUAAAGGAGGCUAAUGCAAACAGCGAAGAAGCGCUGAUGGACAUCGAGUCCCUGGUGACGGCAAAACGUCGCGGUUCGCUUCGCAGGUUUGUGCAUGAGUGCAUUGUAUAUAGUUAA